UUGGGAAUAUUUGCAUAAACUUCAACUUUCGUGCCAUUUUUCGUGAAUUUUAACUGUCGUAAUACCAUGGAAAAGCGAAAACAGCUCCGAAAAGAGCGUUCCCGAAGUAAACAUCCCACAGUCCCACCAAUGUCAAACUCUGAAGUUUUUUCUAAAAUCCGAUCGGGGAUUUGUUCUGCAUAAAGCUACCUGUCUAUUUAAAGUACCUUGUUUCGAAAUGCAAAUUAGAAUAACGACGACAGCGACGAAGACGGCGGCGACGACGGCAUCUGUAUCGCUCCGUAUUGCACCUUUAUUGAACGCAGACGUACUCCAUUUAGCCAAAAUGAAUCAUAAAUCAAAAACUACUUUCGCAAUCGACGACGACAAUGACUCCGGUCUACGAAUACAGCUAAUUUAAAUUAGUGCGAAAACCAAACUGUACGGCGUUGGGCAUACACUGGGUUAGGUGCUCCUGGAGCGCGUAAUUUAGAUCUAUGACAGGUGAGCAAUCAAUGGGAUUCAGAUCCACGACUCAUCGACGCAGACGAUGAGCAGGUGGUAUGGGAAGUCGUGGGUGCGAUGGAGCACGCACCGAGUCCGACAUAAAAGGGGAUAACGAUGGGUGAGCUCCCUGAAUUUGUUGAUAAAUUACGACCGAAGUCAGCCUUAACGUUGCUUCGCCACAGAGUACUUUAUCGAUGGCUUCUAUGUAGUACACAUCCUCUCGCUCCUGUACAUCCUCUCGCUCCUGUGUUAAAGGUAAAUACGCGUGAACGUAGUUGUAGUGCAAACUGCUUGCCAUAGAAUUCCAACUAUGAGAUGAUUCCUUGCCGAGUGCACUUUGGCUAUCACAGGGUCCAGCAAUAAUGUCGAAUAAUUCCUUCCAUGCGCGAUUCACGUCAGCUGAUAAAAAGCACCAGCACCAAAAUGACCAAAGAUCAAUGCAAACUCAGAGAACAAACCAUUGCUUAACACCAACGACGUGGGUACAUAUGCAUUACACGUACAAAUGUGCUUAAAAAAAUGAUACAAACAAAAAACACGUUAUCAAGGUAAUAACACCAUGUACAUAUGCGGGACAGUCCGACUGACCUGUAUUAAGUGGGUACCGCUUGUGCCGUUUUCAAGAGCAAGGCCCGCGCCUCAUGAGCAAAAACGCCAGAAUUAAACAAAAGCAAAAAACGACUAAGCUUUAGCACUCUCUCAGCACUUAACACAAUCCCAACUAACAGGCCCAUCCGUUUUUUGCUAUUUUUUAAACGUUGAAGAACGACCCUAUUGUCAAAAAGUAUACAAUGUAGCCCCAUAAUGUUUAUGGGACCCAUAAGCAGCCAGUUUUCUUGAUCUGCCUUACAAACUGACCCCUUAUGGGUCCCUUAUACAUUAAGGAGCCACAAUGCAUACCCUUUGGCUACAGGGUAGGCAACGCGGAACUUGCGCGCCAUUUAAUACAAGUUGGCUUUUGUUUUUUUAUUGGCAAAAUUUGAAUAACUUGAGUAGUGUAAAACAGGAGACACAAAUAUAUUUCGCUCAUCUCCUAACAAAUAGUUUCCCUGGUUCACCAAACCAUGUCAUUCUUCCUUCAACUGGGGUAAACAACACAAGAGAAACGGACAGCGGAUGCUUGUACCGUAUCAGGUUUACUUUAGCGCGUUUAAUAAUGCAUAGUCGUAAGAUUCGUUUAAUAAUUUAUAGAUAUAAGAUUUGUAGCUUCUGUUGGAUCUUAGUCUAUAAUUUAGUCUUGUUUAUUUCCUGUAGUUUGGAAAAAUUUAGUCAGUAAGAAUUAGAACAAGCACAACCUUAAUUUAAACCCGGGGUGAGCUUUUUUUUAUAAAACUCAACAUAGUAAAAAACCUCGUCGAUGUGUAAAAUAAUGUCUCGCACGACCUUGCUGUACGUAGUGGUUAGUUUUUGCUGAGAUUAUUUUGUUGUUGCUGAAGUGAGAGCCUUAUGUCUGCGGCUUGCGCAAUUGACCAUCGCAGAACAUCACACUUAAUUUGUUAUCCAUCAAGUCAUUAUGACGUCAGCACACCCAGCAAGUAAGAAGUACGUGUGUGUUAGUGUUUUCGUUUUAUUAACACAGGACAAACCCACUUCUUGAGCUCAAACCACGAUCACGCUAAAGUGAUACAAGAGCUCAUGAUUAAUUAAUAGUAAGGUAGUAGUGUACAACAGUAGAAAAGUGACAGAGGACACACAGCGAGAAACUCGACACAAAUUGUUGUCGAGUGUGCAUUUGUUUCGCAAUUGACGGGUUACCAUGUCUAGGGUGCCAAUGAGAUGGUUUUUGUCACCAAAAAAUGCGAGGCUAACUAGGGGGUCUUCCUGUUGCUUAGGUAGCUGAAUGUAGGCAAGUAGUGCAUUCAAGCAAGCUUCCUUCAGUGUUUAAUGUGCGGUGGGAGCGUUCGAACGCUUGGUCUCAACGGAAUAGGUGAACAUAGGAACAAAUGUCUGUAUUGAGCAAAUACUUUGAGCAGGCGAUGAUCGACGUCGGCUGCCAGGAGAUUCUACAUCCGGGGCGCUCGUGUCUAUCGUUUAACGGGACCAAUUUCCUCGGCUCGAUCCGAUCAAACGCGACUUUCUUCCUACCGAUCGCGCUGCUGCGGCUUCUGAUGCUCGCCUACCAUCGCAAAACUUUGUCGUGGGUUAUCUUGCGCCAAGCAAUCGGUGAAUUCGGUGCGAUGAUGGUCAAUGCGCUACUCGUGGCCAACUGCUGGACCGGUACGUUUUGUCUAGCGACACGCAUGACUGGUCGAAUCUACGAUAACUACUCCGUCUCCUUGGCACCGCUGCUCGGCACGUUUGCGAUGCUGCUGAUGCCGACCUACGUCAAGACAACGCACGCUAAGGCUAUCUUCGUGGCGAACCUGGAGUGCUGGAUUAAAUCGCGACCAUCGCGGCUAUUAGCGACGAUGCGUAAAUCGCGUACCGUCGGAACGUUCUGUUUCAUGCUGGUCAGUGCUGGUAUUACUCAAUUGGUCAGCAACAUGAAUCGUCAAGCCGAGUUUUGGUUCAUAACACCACUAAAACCGCUGGCUAGGCAGGACCGCGAGACGUGCUGCCUUCACACAGUUCAGGACAGCUGUACACGCUAUAUUCUUAAAGGCUUACAGACGUAUCUUACCUUCAGCACCACGUUGGAGCUUGCUCGUCGAAUUAUCGUUACUUUCAGCCAGCUACGUCUGAGUCGUACCGAACAACUAAAAUCUCUGCUACGACUUCGCUAUCGACUGAUACUGUUCCUCACACUAUAUAAUAGUACCUACCGGAUGGUGACAUGUUUGCUCGCUCGUGCACGUAGGAAAGCAGCCAAUGAGGACAACAUAGCGGCAGCGUUCGCUUGUGGUAUCUGGUACGCACUGUAUCCCAACUACAACAUCUUCAAUUUGGCAGUGUCCACUUUUUGUCAGGUCGCCUGGAGCUCGACAAUGGAGCGUUAUACGAACCAUCCGGUUGCCCAAAUGCUCGAUAAACUACCGUGUGCACCGUUCGUCUGGAGCGUGUCUAUGUGCUACGUAAUCUACUCCCGCGCCUACUAUCCGUGGGCGAUGUCGCGGUUCGCCCACAAAUUCAUUGACCUCUGCUCCAAUUAUGCAUCACGGACCGCCUCUGAGAACUUUGCCCGACGAUUCCUUGUGGAAUGCUAGAAACCUUAAUAAACCCAGAAGCUACCACCGUUUCAUUAGUAGAUUAUGCCGAAGAAUACAAUAGAGUACUGAUACUGCGA